AUGUCCUCUCUCUCUGCCAUCAUGGCCCGCCGGGCCGUCCUGCGCCAGCAGCCUGUCCGAAGACUCGUCACGCCACAGCCAAUCCGACGACAUGCCUCCUCCAAGGCCGCUGAGGCCGGCCUCGACAAGGGCGCCAAAAGGGAUCCCGAGCUCUAUGUCCUUCUCACUGUUAUGGCCGGUGCUUUUGGAAUUGUCGGCUGGUAUCUAGGCAGCUCUCCUACCAGCGUUAGCUCCGAGAGCAACGUCCGUGUUGGCGAGAGCGGCGCUAUGCCAUGGGAGACCGACGAGAAGGAUUCCGAAAGCAAGGGCAACUUCAAGUACAGGUACCACCCUCACGGAGACAAGACCAAGCCCCUCAAGGAGGCCCCCAGUGCUUUGAACGAGGUCAUCAUUCCAAAUGUGACCCUCCCAGCUGACCUCCACGAACGAUUCAACAAGUAUGGAAAGGAUCUCUAA